AUGUCCCAAACAUGGGGUAAUAUUAUCAUCUCAUACUACAUCAAUACCAUCCUUGAUACCGUUGGCGUCACCAACACAAUUGCACAAAACCAAGUGAAUGUCAGCAUCAACUGUUACACUUUGGUAGUCUCCAUCGUUAGCAGCUUUCUGUUAAACGUACUUGGUCGGCGAAACCAGUUCCUUAUGGGCGGUAUAGGAAUGACAGUGUCCCUCUUCAUUGAGGGCGCGCUUACAAAAUUGUAUGCUACUAGCGACAACAAAUCUGGCGUAUACGGUUCUAUUGCGCUUAUCUUCAUUUUCCAAGGGUUCUACUCCUUUGGCGUUUCACCCUUGAUUUCUCUCUAUCCCCAGGAGGUCUCAUACUACAAGAUUCGUGCUGCUGGAGCCGCCACUUGCCGCGCAGCGUCUGUUACGAUGGCCUUCAUCUUUUCGUUUGCUAUGAGCUAUGCCAUGCAAGAUCUCGGAUGGAAGUUCUAUCUCAUCAAUGCCUCAUGGGAUGUCGUCUUCUGUAUGAUCAUCUACUUCACAUGGGUAGAGACCAAGGGCCUCCCACUCGAGGAGAUCACUGCCAAGUUCGAGGGCCCAGACGUUUUGGAAGGAAGCCCUACGACGGGUUCCCUCAGCUUUGUCAACUCUGGGGUAUUUCAAGACCCCGAUCAGAAGAUGCCAGCUAAGGUGGAAGCCGGGGCACUAUAA